AUGAAUCCGGGCGGUGAACAAACAAUAAUGGAACAACCCGCUCAGCAGCAACAGCAGCAGCAACAGCAACAGCAGCAGCAACAGGUACAACAACAGCAGGCUGCAGUUCCUCAACAGCCGCUGGACCCAUUAACACAAUCGACUGCGGAAACAUGGCUCUCCAUAGCUUCCUUGGCAGAAACUCUUGGCGACGGUGAUCGGGCUGCAAUGGCGUAUGAUGCCACUUUACAAUUCAAUCCCUCUUCCGCGAAGGCGUUGACCUCACUGGCCCACCUAUACCGUUCCAGAGACAUGUUUCAAAGGGCCGCAGAACUCUACGAAAGGGCUUUGCUUGUUAACCCUGAACUAUCGGACGUAUGGGCUACCCUGGGCCAUUGUUAUCUGAUGCUGGAUGACUUGCAAAGAGCUUACAAUGCCUACCAACAAGCGCUAUAUCACCUCAGCAACCCCAACGUACCGAAAUUAUGGCAUGGAAUCGGUAUUCUUUACGACAGAUACGGUUCCUUGGAUUAUGCUGAAGAAGCCUUCGCCAAAGUCUUGGAACUGGACCCUCACUUCGAAAAGGCAAAUGAAAUCUACUUCAGACUUGGUAUCAUAUACAAACACCAGGGUAAAUGGUCGCAGGCUUUAGAAUGCUUCAGAUACAUCUUACCUCAACCUCCCGCUCCCUUGCAAGAAUGGGACAUAUGGUUCCAGUUGGGUAGUGUUCUGGAGAGUAUGGGUGAAUGGCAGGGCGCCAAAGAGGCCUACGAACAUGUCUUGGCUCAAAAUCAACAUCAUGCUAAAGUGUUACAACAAUUGGGCUGUCUUUACGGUAUGAGCAAUGUACAGUUCUACGACCCUCAAAAGGCAUUGGAUUAUCUCUUAAAAUCAUUGGAGGCAGACCCUUCGGACGCCACUACAUGGUACCAUCUGGGCAGAGUUCAUAUGAUCAGAACGGACUACACCGCUGCAUAUGACGCCUUCCAACAGGCCGUCAACAGAGAUUCAAGAAACCCAAUAUUUUGGUGUUCUAUCGGUGUCUUAUACUACCAAAUCUCUCAAUAUAGGGACGCUUUAGACGCUUACACUAGAGCUAUAAGAUUGAAUCCUUAUAUCAGUGAAGUUUGGUACGAUUUAGGUACCCUUUACGAAACCUGUAACAAUCAACUAUCUGAUGCCCUCGACGCUUAUAAACAAGCUGCAAGAUUAGAUGUAAAUAACAUUCACAUCAGAGAAAGAUUAGAGGCCCUAACCAAACAGCUGGAAAAUCCGGGCAGCAAAUCAAAUGGUGCUCCUUCAAACGCUUCUCCCGCACCACCCCCUGUGAUUUUACAACCCACCUUACAACCCAAUGAUCAAGGUAAUCCCUUGAAUGCUAGGAUUUCAGCUCAACCUGCUAACACUGCUGCAUCAAUGGUUCAACAACAGCAACAUCCAGCUCAACAAACCCCAACCAACUCUUCUGCCACAAUGUACACUAAUGGAGCUUCUCCACAAUUACAAGCACAAGCACAAGCCCAAGCCCAAGCCCAAGCWCAAGCCCAAGCUCAAGCCCAAGCGCAAGCCCARGCCCAAGUACAAGCACAAGCACAAGCACAAGCGCAGGCCCAAGCACAAGCGCAGGCCCAAGCACAAGCACAAGCGCAWGCCCAAGCACAAGCACAGGCCCAAGCUCAAGCACAAGCACAAGCGCAAGCCCAAGCGCAAGCACAAGCGCAAGCGCAAGCCCAAGCACAGGCUCAGCAGCAGCAGCAGCAGCAGCAGCAACAACAACAACAACAACAACAACAACAACAACAACAUCAGCAGCAGCAGCAGCAACAACAACAACAGCAACAACAACAGCAACAGCAGCAGCAUCAGCAGCAUCAGCAGCAACAACAACAACAGCAACAACAUCAACAGCAGCAGCAACAGCAGCAACAACAGCAGCAGCAACAUCAGCAACAGCAUCAGUUGCAGGCUUUACCAAGACAACAACAGCAACAGGCCGUUCCUGUACAAAUGUUGAACCCACAACAAGGCCAAGCUUAUGUCACCCAACCAACCAUCAUUCAAGCACACCAAUUACAACCUUUCUCUGCGCAAGCUAUGGAACAUCAGCAAAGUUCUCAGUUGCCAUCUCAACAACAACUACAGUCUAUUCAGCAUCAACAACAUCUUCAGCCCCAACCUCAGGCUCCACAACCUUUAAUUCAACACAACCUGGAACAGAACUCUUUGCCCCAAAAGAGAUACAUGGAAGGCGCCAUUCACACCUUGGUAGAUGCCGCCGUAUCUAGUAGCACUCACCCAGAAAGUAAUAGAAAUUCUCCUCACCAACUACCACCCGCCAUAUCGAAUCAAACCUCUGCAGUAAUAACUCCGAGCAUUGAACCACGAUCAAAGAAGCAAAGACUAAAUUCUUCAGGUUCAAAUAUCAGCCAGUUAGUAAAUACUGCUUCUUCUAUCGAGGAGAAUUCAACGCCUGAGACGACUAACCCACAACCUGCAGUAGCAGAAUCUGAUGUUCCUGUACAAGAGGAGACACCCACAAAGGCAAGUUCAAUCCCUUCAACAAUCCAUGCUCAAGAACUCUCACAAGAAGCCACUAACAACGAACAGAUUACUAAAACAUCUUCUGCUCCUCCUCCCAUGGAAUCGUCUAACGUGGAGGCCAAGCCAGCUAAUGUACAACCGACUUUAUCGUCAGAAAAUUCAACGACGAAAGGGAAUGAAGAAGGUACUGCUGAGACAAUCAAACUUUCCACUACUACUAGCCCUACCGAGGAAACUCCAGUAGAAGGCGACGUGGGACGGGACACUAAAGAGGGAAACGGCACUCCAACCGAACCAGUUGCAUCCUCUGCCGAGGAAACAGACCCUACAGCUGCUGUGGAAACUGAACCACAACAAGAUGAAUCUCUCGCUACAACGGCAACGGUAAUUAAGCCUACGUUGGAAACAAUGGAAACCGUAAAAGAAGAAGCUAAAAUGCGCGAAGAAGAACAAACCACUCAAGAAAAAACUCCACAAGAAAACAUACUUCCAAUAGAAAAUGUGGUAAGGCAGGUGGAAGAAGAUGAAAAUUAUGAUGACUAA